CGUCACUUCCUGGUUCUGUGCUGCCGCUGGUCGCCCCGCCCUCAGCGGGGACAUUAGUGCCAGGCAGGGAAACAGGGUCCGGAGUUGAACCUACAACCCUCCUCCAUGUCUGGAGCUAUUGUCGGUGCAGCGGAGGGAGGACGGUCUGGAACGGGUCCGAGGGGAGAGUAGUUCGGUCUGAAGCGGGUCUGACCCGGUUUGAAGAGAGGGAGGCAAAGUUUGCUCCGGUUUCGGCUCACGAUGCAGUAAGACCAGUCAGACUGCUCAGUGACCUGAACACACCUUCCCCCUAAAUCCUUCACAGUAUGCUGUCUUCACUGACUGUGUUUAAGAUCAGGGCUGUAGCUACAGUUUCUGCAGUUUGGUCGUCAGUCAUGUUCAGGUAGAGGCUAGUUCCACGGCGCUCAACAUGCUGAAGCGUCUGGACAAGAUCCGGUUCCGGGGCCAGAGACGGGAUGACUUCCUGGAUCUGGCUGAUUCGCCCAACACAUCUGACACAGAAUGCACUGAGGAGGUCAUGAUGAAACCUCGCCUCUCUUCCAGAGACUCAGAGGAGCUUAGGGAAGUGGAGGGAGAGCAGCAGAGUGACCCUCAGGCAGGUCCAGGAUCCUUUUCUGCAGCUCUCCAAGAUGACUCCAGGACAGAUUUGAAUGAGGUCAAAGGGCACCUAGAAAUUGCCUUGUUGGAGAAACAUUUCUUACAUGAGGAGCUGAGGAAAUUUAAGGAGGAGUCCAACGUAGAUUCGUUGAGACAGGAACUGGAGAAGGAGCGCUGCAGGCGAAUAGAGUUGGAGCAGAAGAUCAAUGACGUCCUUAAAUCCAGUCUUGAUGACUCGCCUUGUCUGACACCUAAAGCCCCGCCCCCUCCUCCACCGUCAGGCAGCGGCACAGACAAACAGAAGGACACUCUGUCCAAUAGUUUCCUGAAAUGGCUUCAAGACCGUUUUGGGGUUUAUGUAGAAGACUUCCGUUUCCAGCCGGAGGAGACAACAGUGGAGACGGAGGAGCCGCUGAGUGCCAAGAGGUUGACUGAAAACAUGAGACGUCUCAAACGGGGAUUUAAACCAGUGACCAACUUCAAGAGGAACCUUACCGCCUUAUCCAGCUGGUACUCCAUCUACACGUCAGCCAUCGCCUUCAUCGUCUACAUGUAUGCAGCGUGGCAUGGCUGGGCCAUCCCCAUGUUCCUGUUCCUCGCCAUCCUCCGGCUGUCCUUAAAUUACCUCAUUGCCAGAGGCUGGAGGAUCCAGUGGAGCAUCGUACCUGAAGUCUCAGAGCAAGUGGAGCCUCCUAAAGAAGACCUGACUGUGUCUGAGAAGUUCCAGCUGGUUCUGGACGUCGCUCAGAAAGCACAGAAUCUGUUUGGGAGGAUGGCCAACAUCCUGGAGAAAAUAAAGAAUUUGUUCAUGUGGGUGCAGCCAGAGUUAACUCAGAAGCUGUAUGUUGGUCUAUGGGUGGCCUUCGUCUCCUCCUGCCUGCUGCCAUACAAACUGGUGGGAUUCAUCAUAGCCGUGUAUGCAGGUAUAAAGUUCUUCAUCAUCGACUUCAUCUUAAAGAGCUGUCCCAAGCUGAGGCAGCGCUUCGACACCCCCUACAUAAUCUGGACCAACUUGCCCACCGACCUGCAGCUGAAGGAGCGCAGCAGCACCACCCUGAACAGACGGGUCACUGCUGCAGGGGGUCGAGGCAGCCUCAGCGCUGCAGCUCCCACAGGUGUGAGCAGAGACGAGGACGGAGGACGAUACUACAGCACCAAGAGAGGAGCUUUCCACGAAGUCUUCAACCUGCCGGAGAGUGAGCGCCCCCUGACAACGUGUGAGAACGGCUGGCGCUGCUGCCUCAUCAACAGAGACAAGAAGACGCCGACAGACUACAUCCGCAACGGUGUCCUAUACGUCACUGAGAAUCAUCUGUGUUUCGAGAGCUCCAGCUCCAGGUCUGGAUCAACCAAGAGGAACAAAGUCAUCAAACUGCUCGACAUUAAAGAAGUCCAGAAGUACAAAGUUUUGUCAGUGCUGCCUGGAUCUGGGAUGGGCAUCUCCAUAGCAACGCCAUCCACCCAAAAGCCGAUGGUGUUCGGUGCGAUGAUGCACAGAGACGAAGCCUUCGACGCCAUCUCCACUCAGCACCUCAAGAUCUUGUCCGUGUCUACAGCCACCAGCCCAGAGACGUAGUAACACCUUCACAAGAUGGCUGUCUUCACCCAAACACUGGAUCUGUUUCACUUUUUCCACCAGGGAUGUACGGUAACAGCUGCUGACUCCAGUUUGAGCUGCUGGUCUGAUUUCUUUACGGUCAGCAUCACCUCAUCAGUCAUCAAGUGGAACAAGUCGGUGUCUUUACAUUAGUGAUUGAUAGGAAAUGAGGUAUUUCCAAUUUAUAUUUUCAAUUACGGAUUUCAUGUCAGAUUGAUUAGAAUUACAAAUCACUAUUGUCAAACAAUUAUACAUAAAGUUCCCACAAAAGACAUCAUGAUAUGUCUAAUUGUAAAUCAAAGUAUAAACUGAAAUUCAAAUUAAGUGCACAAACAUAUAUAGGCUUGUUAAAGAACAUGGGGGAGGGUGGGGGUUACCUGUACUAUAAUUAGAGCACUAGUAACUUGUUAUUUUCUGUUGCAUGCACUUUCUUUUCAAUUGCUGUUAAAAUAUUCCCAAUGAAAUGCAGCCCUUUCUAUUUCAAAUAAUCCCUCAGUAACUUGGUAUCGCUUUUAAUCCAAAAAUAUCUGCAGGGAAACUGUUUUGUUCACAUUGUAAAAAUCAAUGGUUUACAAUCUAAGCGAAGUCCUGCAUUUGGAUUUUAUCUGAUGAAGCCGUUGGUUUCAUCUCCAGCCCAUCAGUCAUCUGUGUCAUGUCAUUUCAUUUUAUUUCCACCCUGGUGUACUGCACUGGAAAGUUGUGCAUACAUGAUGGGCCUCAUGAAAGAAAUAAGGCACGUACCAGUGAUUUUAGAGAAUUUGUGGCUUUCAUGAUUAGCGUUUAGCGUUUACUCUUCGAUUCGUACAAAGAUGCCAAGUGGGUAAGAGCUGUGGUACGACUCAUAAACAGCCUUUCUUCACAGUGGAAAACAGGCUUAUAGUAGUUAAAUCUAAAGGAGUUUGGAGUUAAAUAUGACUCGAUAAUUGCCAUUGAUAUGAUUUUAGAAAAAUAUCUAUAAAAAAUGAAUAUGCUGUUGACCAAAUCAUCAUCAUCAUGGCUUUCCAAUUUACUGAGUGUGUUUUUUAGAGUUCCUACAUUUCAGUAGCUGUUGGAUAACUCCCUGACUCCCUUUAUGUUGAUCUCUAUCCAUGACCAUCCUCUGUCAUAACACCUGACAGUGUAACAUCACCGGCUGUAAUAUUCUAUAGUCUCAUAUCUCAGUGAUUGUCAUCCACAUAGACUGAACAUAAAGAUGGGCCAAACCUCUCCACUUCCUCCUACAGUAUAAAAAUGAAGGUAAUAUAUCCCGGGUUUACAGGUGCUGUUAUCUUGUGCCUUUGACACCAUUUGGAGCCGGAGUCUGCGCAGUAGUGCUUGUGGAGUGGAUUGGGUUUAGAGGUCCCACUGAUACACGGCCAAUUGACCAAUCCUGAGUCAGUCUCAGCUGUCAAUCACAACAUCAACCAAGCUUAGUGGAUGAAAACACUUGAGCAAACAUGUGAUGAGAACGAUUUAAAAUGACAGAACCCAUUUUUGAGGAGAAUUUAUUUAAUGUGUAUUUAUAUAUUUUUUUGGUCCAUGUCCCAUUGUAACAUGGAGAAGGCUGGGUUUAUGACCUUUACGACUUUACCUCAAUUUGUCGUGUCGUCCAUCUUUAUAUACAGUCUAUGGUUGUGCCCUUGACCAGCCUGUAUAUAAGUCACAAUUUCUAAUUGUUUCGGUGAAUCUGGCUUCCAACAUUCUAGUAUAAAAAUAUAAAUGUGUCUGCAUGAGGCCCAUUGUGUUAGUGCUGAUAUUAUUACUCAGAAGAAAAUCAACAGCAGUGUUAGUACUGAAAUCAUUACUGAAAUGAUAACUGUCAAUUUACUGAACAAAGCUUAUUGGAAAAUAUGUCUAAACCUCAUUUAAUUUCAUCAUUUGUGUCUUCAGGGAAUGAAAUGAUUGUUGUACUUUACAGCAGCCUUCUAAUCACUUAUUAUUACAGUGUGUUUUUAUGUGGUGGUUGGAGACAGUUACUCUAUGAAACGUAAAUGUUUUACAACUAAUUUUAACGUUCAAUGUAAACGAGAGAAUUAACCUCAGCUUUUCUGUUUUCUGUUUUAGCUAAAAGUUCAUAUGUUGGAAUCAGAUACAACCGUCAAAACUGAAGUUUUAUCCAAUAAGCUGAGAGGCUUAUGUACCGUGAAAAAUUGAAGUUGUAUAUUUGACCUAACUAGUUGUUUAAGCAUUGCUAAUCGGCUAAGAGCUUAACAAUUUCAAACAAUGUAAAUAUCUGGAAUGCAAGUUUUUACUGAUCACAGCACUUGAAUUUUGGCUUUAACUUCCAUCAUAACCUGAUGCUGAUCGACAUUUCUUCUGUUCUGUUAAGCUCCUGUUUCAAAAGUAGCUUUCUUUCACCAUCAACCUAAUUGGCUAAAGCUAAACAAGCUAAAACAACACAAUCAUGUUCUCACCUUUCUGCACUAACUGUAAAUCCUGUUUUUUGCAGAUUAAUGAAAUGUUUCCUAAUAUGUAAAAGUGCAAGAAAAUGUUUAAAUGUCUCGGUCCUUGCCGAUCACUGCCGAUCUAAAACUGUGGUUUUCUGUCCCUUGGAAGAACAAAAUGUGCGAACUGUCAUUGUGAACUUUACUUCAUUUCAAUUCUUGUACUGACAAUCAUUUUCGUUAUCGAUUCGUUUGUGCCAAUUAUUUUUUCAGUCAAGUAAUUGCUUGGUCCACAAAACAUUAGAAACAUUGCAAUGGUUUUGGGAUAAAAAAAACUGAAAAAUGGCUCAAUUGAUGAUCUGGAACCAUGAAAUGUUUGAAACUGUGCUUGAGAAAAGAUAAAUACCAAUUUGCCAUUAUUAAUAUUCUGUCAAUUGACUAAUCAAUUAUUCUGCUAGAAAUGUGAUAUUUUGGCAAAAAAAAAAAAAUCAUUCAAAACGAAGGAAGCUUUUUUAUUACAAAAUCUAAAUAGUCAAAUUACAUUUUUUUCUCAUGAAACAUUAACAAUAAAGGAAGCAGUUUCAUAUACAAAAGUUUCAAUAGUAAAAAAAAGUUUUUAUACAUAGUCUCACUCUGGCAGUUUAUGGUGUGAUCAGGGCAAAGCUCUUUCAUUGCCAAGUAUUUUUCUAUCUUGUUUAUCUUUAAAAUGUUUUCCCAGUCUUCCUUUUUGCAAUAUGUUAACAAUGUUGCGUCAUUUAAUCUUUCUCCACUAUCUUACCUAUAACUCUUUUAUCUUAUUCAAGUUGUUUGUAGUUUUGUUUUUCCUUCAGUUUAGGUCAAUUCUGUCACUGUUGAGAUGUAAGGGUUUUAUAAAGUGCUUUUAUUGUACAAAUAGCUGUAAAGUUUUUAAAUGAAAUAUUUGUUAUUAAAAUUUGAUGUACAUUUCUUUUCUAAUUUAAGUAAAAUCAAACACUAAACACUGA